GGCGGAAUGACAGCGGCGAGGAGAACGUCCCGCUGGAUCUGACCCGAGAACCUUCUGAUAACUUAAGGGAAAUUCUCCAAAAUGUGGCCAAAUUGCAAGGGGUAUCAAAUAUGAGAAAGUUGGGCCAUCUGAAUAACUUCACUAAGCUUCUUUGUGAUAUUGGCCAUAGUGAAGAAAAAUUGGGCUUUAAUUAUGAAGACAUCAUAAUUUGUUUGCGCUUAGCUUUAUUAAACGAAGCAAAAGAAGUGAGAGCAGCUGGGUUGCGAGCGCUGCGCUAUCUCAUCCAAGAUUCCAGUAUUCUGCAGAAGGUGCUAAAAUUGAAAGUGGACUAUUUAAUAGCUAGGUGCAUUGACAUCCAGCAGAGCAAUGAGGUGGAGAGGACACAAGCACUUCGCUUAGUCAGAAAGAUGAUUACUGUGAAUGCUUCCUUGUUUCCUAGUUCUGUGGCCAACUCAUUAAUUGCAGUUGGAAAUGAUGGACUUCAAGAGAGAGACAGAAUGGUCCGGGCAUGCAUUGCCAUUAUCUGUGAACUAGCACUUCAGAACCCAGAGGUGGUAGCCCUUCGAGGCGGACUAAACACCAUCCUGAAAAAUGUGAUUGAUUGCCAGUUAAGUCGAAUAAAUGAGGCUCUCAUUACUACAAUUUUGCACCUUCUUAAUCAUCCAAAGACCCGACAGUAUGUGCGAGCUGAUGUAGAAUUAGAGCGAAUUUUAGCCCCCUAUACUGAUUUCCACUACAGACACAGUCCGGAUACAGCUGAAGGACAGCUCAAAGAAGACAGAGAAGCACGAUUUCUAGCCAGUAAAAUGGGAAUCAUUGCAACAUUCCGCUCAUGGGCAGGUAUUAUUAAUUUAUGUAAACCUGGGAACUCUGGGAUCCAGUCUCUAAUUGGAGUACUUUGCAUACCAAAUAUGGAAAUAAGGCGAGGUCUGCUUGAAGUGCUAUAUGAUAUAUUUCGUCUCCCUCUACCUGUUGUAACAGAUGAGUUCAUAGAAGCCCUGCUCAGUGUAGAUCCAGGAAGGUUCCAGGACAGUUGGAGGCUUUCAGAUGGCUUUGUAGCAGCUGAGGCAAAAACCAUUCUUCCCCAUCGUGCUAGAUCCAGGCCAGACCUCAUGGAUAAUUAUUUGGCACUGAUACUUUCUGCGUUUAUUCGUAAUGGACUUUUAGAGGGCUUGGUUGAAGUGAUAACAAACAGUGAUGACCAUAUCUCAGUUAGAGCGACCAUUCUUUUAGGAGAGCUCUUACAUAUGGCAAACACAAUUCUUCCUCAUUCGCAUAGCCAUCAUUUGCACUGCUUGCCAACCCUUAUGAAUAUGGCUGCAUCCUUCGAUAUUCCCAAGGAAAAGAGACUUCGAGCCAGUGCAGCUCUGAACUGUUUAAAGCGCUUCCAUGAAAUGAAGAAGCGAGGACCUAAGCCUUACAGCCUUCAUUUAGAUCACAUCAUUCAGAAAGCCAUUGCAACACACCAGAAACGGGAUCACUACCUUCGAGUUCAGAAAGAUAUAUUUGUUCUCAAGGACACAGAAGAAGCUCUUCUAAUAAACCUUAGGGAUAGCCAAGUCCUUCAACAUAAAGAAAAUCUCGAAUGGAAUUGGAAUCUCAUUGGGACCAUUCUUAAGUGGCCAAAUGUAAAUCUAAGAAACUAUAAGGAUGAACAGUUGCACAGGUUCGUGCGUAGACUUCUUUAUUUUUACAAGCCCAGCAGUAAGCUGUAUGCUAGUCUGGAUCUGGACUUUGCCAAGUCCAAGCAGCUCACAGUUGUCGGUUGUCAGUUUACAGAGUUUCUUCUUGAGUCUGAAGAGGAUGGGCAGGGAUACUUAGAAGAUCUUGUGAAAGAUAUUGUUCAGUGGCUCAAUGCAUCAUCUGGGAUGAAACCUGAGCGAAGCCUUCAGAACAAUGGUUUGCUGACCACCCUUAGUCAACACUACUUCUUAUUCAUUGGAACACUCUCCUGUCAUCCUCAUGGUGUUAAAAUGCUGGAAAAAUGCAGUGUCUUUCAGUGUCUUCUUAAUCUUUGCUCCUUGAAAAACCAAGAUCACCUGCUGAAACUCACUGUUUCUAGCCUAGACUAUAGCAGAGAUGGAUUAGCCAGAGUGAUUCUUUCAAAAAUUCUCACAGCAGCUACUGAUGCCUGCAGACUGUAUGCAACAAAACAUUUAAGGGUUUUAUUGAGAGCUAAUGUUGAAUUCUUCAACAAUUGGGGAAUUGAGUUACUAGUGACUCAGCUACAUGAUAAAAACAAAACAAUUUCUUCUGAAGCGCUGGAUAUCCUUGAUGAAGCUUGUGAAGACAAGGCCAAUCUUCAUGCUCUUAUUCAGAUGAAACCAGCCUUAUCCCACCUUGGAGACAAGGGCUUGCUUCUCCUCCUGAGAUUUCUCUCCAUUCCAAAAGGAUUUUCCUACCUGAAUGAAAGGGGUUAUGUAGCAAAACAAUUGGAAAAAUGGCACAAGGAAUAUAAUUCAAAGUACGUUGACUUGAUUGAGGAACAACUUAAUGAAGCACUCACUACAUACAGGAAGCCGAUUGACGGUGAUAACUAUGUUCGUCGGAGUAACCAAAGAUUACAACGACCUCAUGUCUAUCUGCCUGUACACCUUUACGGACAACUGGUACAUCACAAAACAGGCUGCCAUUUACUGGAAGUACAGAAUGUUAUCACAGAACUCUGUCACAGUGUUCGUACUCCAGACUUGGAUAAAUGGGAAGAAAUUAAAAAGCUGAAAGCCUCUCUUUGGGCCUUGGGAAAUAUUGGCUCAUCGAAUUGGGGGCUUAAUUUGCUACAGGAAGAAAAUGUGAUUCCAGAUAUACUAAAACUUGCAAAACAGUGUGAGGUUCUUUCCAUCAGAGGGACCUGUGUAUAUGUUCUUGGGCUCAUAGCUAAAACCAAGCAAGGCUGUGAUAUUCUAAAAUGUCAUAGCUGGGAUUCUGUGAGACACAGUCGCAAGCAUCUGUGGCCAGUGGUUCCAGAUGAUGUAGAACAGCUCUGCAAUGAGCUCUCAUCUGUCCCAAGCACCCUCAGUUUGAACUCUGAGUCAACCAGCUCUAGACAUAACAGUGAAAGUGAAUCUACACCAUCAAGCAUGUUCAUACUGGAGGAUGAGCGGUUCGGCAGCAGCUCCACCAGUACAUUUUUCCUUGACAUCAAUGAAGAUGGUGAGCCAGCAUUUUAUGACCGACCUGGACCCAUAAAGGAUAAAAACUCAUUUCCCUUUUUUGCCUCCAGCAAACUUGUAAAGAAUCGUAUCUUAAAUUCACUCACUUUGCCCAAUAAAAAACAUCGCAGUAGUAGUGAUCCAAAAGGAGGUAAACUGUCAUCUGAAAAUAAGACAAGCAACCGGCGAAUCAGAACACUUACAGAGCCCAGUGUUGACUUUAACCACAGUGAUGACUUCACCCCUAUCUCCACAGCACAGAAAACAUUACAGCUGGAAACUUCCUUUGUUGGGAAUAAGCACCUUGAAGACACUGGCAGCACUCCAAGUAUUGGAGAGAAUGACUUGAAAUUCCCCAAGAGUUUUGGUACAGAGAAUCACAGAGAAAACACAAGCCGAGAAAGGUUGGUUGUAGAAAGUUCAACAAGCUCACAUAUGAAGAUCCGCAGCCAAAGCUUUAACACAGACACUACAACAAGUGGCAUAAGUUCAAUGAGCUCAAGUCCCUCUCGAGAGACAGUUGGUGUAGACCCUACAACUAUGGACACGGACUGUGGAAGUAUGAGUACUGUGGUAAGUACUAAAACUGUUAAGACAAGCCACUACUUGACACCACAGUCUAACCAUCUGUCUCUCUCCAAAUCGAACUCAGUGUCCCUGGUACCACCAGGUUCUUCUCAUACACUUCCUAGAAGAGCACAGUCCCUUAAAGCACCCUCCAUAGCAACAAUAAAAAGUCUAGCGGAUUGCAACUUUAGCUACACAAGUUCUCGAGAUGCCUUCGGCUAUGCUACAUUGAAAAGACUGCAGCAGCAAAGAAUGCACCCAUCCUUAUCGCACUCCGAAGCUUUGGCAUCUCCAGCAAAAGACGUACUGUUUACUGACACCAUCACUAUGAAGGCUAACAGUUUUGAGUCCAGACUGACGCCAAGCAGGAUCGAUUUUAAAAAGAAGCAUGUCGGGGGAAUCAGGAGCUUAAGACCUACCGUAACAAACAACCUUUUCAGGUUUAUGAAAGCUUUAAGUUAUGCAUCAUUAGAUAAAGAAGAUUUAUUAAGUCCUAUUAAUCAAAAUACCCUGCAGCGAUCCUCCUCUGUUAGGUCCAUGGUAUCCAGUGCUACAUACGGAGGUUCCGAUGACUACAUUGGACUUGCUCUUCCAGUAGACAUCAAUGAUAUAUUCCAGGUAAAGGAUAUUCCUUAUUUUCAGUCAAAGCAUGUGCCUCCUCCAGAUGACCGAGGUGCAAGAGUGUUUCCCCACGAUGCAGGAGGUCUUCCAUCUGGAACUGGUGGUCUUGUAAAAAAUUCUUUUCACUUGCUACGUCAGCAGAUGAGUCUUACGGAAAUAAUGAACUCUGUCCAUUCGGAUGCUUCUCUGUUUUUAGAGAGCACAGAAGACACUGGACUGCAGGAGCACACAGAUGACAAUUGCCUUUACUGUGUCUGCAUUGAAAUUCUGGGCUUCCAACCCAGUAACCAGCUCAGUUCGAUAUGUAGUCACUCAGACCUUCAGGAUAUUCCAUAUUCUGAUUGGUGUGAGCAGACGAUCCACAAUCCUUUAGAAACGGUUCCUUCGAAGUUCUCGGGGAUUUCUGGGUGCAGCGAUGGUGCAUCUCAAGAAGGCUCAGCCAGCAGCACCAAAAGCACAGAGCUGCUUUUGGGUGAAUCUUCAGGUGUGAAAACCAUUCCGGAUGAUACACCAAUGUGCCGUAUCCUGCUUCGUAAAGAAGUGCUAAGAUUAGUCAUUAAUUUGAGUAGUUCAGUUUCUACCAAGUGUCAUGAAACAGGGCUUUUGACAAUUAAAGAGAAGUACCCUCAAACAUUUGAUGACAUAUGCCUUUAUUCUGAAGUUUCUCAUUUGUUGUCACACUGCACAUUUAGACUUCCGUGCCGGAGGUUCAUACAAGAGUUAUUUCAGGAUGUACAAUUUUUACAAAUGCAUGAAGAAGCAGAGGCUGUGUUGGCAAUUCCACCAAAACAACCUGUAGUUGAUGAAUCUGACGAAUCCUGACCUCAUAUUUAUGAUGUUUAUAGCUAGAAACUAUAUAUUUAUCCAUCCUUAUGGAUUUCCUAAAGGCCUCACAAAAUACUGACUGGCUGUCAGCGAGACAGGAGUAUCUUCUGUCGCUGUCCCAGCAGUCACUGGUACAGAACAGCUGUAGCUGCUGACGUCCCUAACCAAGCCAACUUCCUCUUCCCUGUUGGAGAUUCAUUACCACAAUUUUAAUUCAGUUACUAUCAUAUGCAAGAGCCAAGCACUGAAUACCUACAUAGGUUUUCUAUUUUUUUAAUUUGAAAAGCAUAAUGGCAGUGGAACAAAAACAGGACAUGAAGAAGCACCCUUCACACAGUUAUUUCUGAAUGCUUCUUAAUUAAGGGUAAAUCUAAAAGAUGCCUUGUUUGUUAACUAAUUCAUGGAAACCAGGAGUCAACAUCUCUGAGGCUGCAUCCUGUUAUCUCGUAGGCUGUGCUGUAACUGCUGGGAUCAGAGGGCUUCGUUGGCCCUUCCACAUUUCCUUAAUGUUGUAACACUACUUCAGAGGUUUCUGACCUCAGAGCAAAAGAAGAGCCUCACCAAUUGGAACUGAAAGGUUAUUUUAUGUUGCUAGACUGCAUAAAGAUGCUUAUUUGUCUCCAUCUCUUCAGGUUUGUUGCAAUACGUUGUUGAAAGUUACUUGUACCAAUUAAGGUUUUUCACUACAGUUGAUCAAAAUAAAUAGUUCAGUUGAAAUACUUCCCAUGUCCAGAAUGCAUAUAUAUGUCCAGUGGACUUCCAUCCUCAUCAGCUCCUCUCAUCACCGCUUGAAACUGAUUGAGCAAGUGUUAGUAGUUUGGACCCAAAGCAAAGGAAAGCAUUAAAUGAUACUUCCGACCUCUUAAAGAAAAGACAAGUUUGCAUGAAAUUUACACAUUCCAUGUUAAAAAAAAAAGCCAUAUUUGCUUUUAGAAAGUCAUUGAGUCUCAUUAAGAUUCAAAAUUGUGGUGAAAAGCCUUAAUUACUAAAUGUUAAAGCAGCGAUAAUGUAAUUUUUGUUAGUGAUCGUGUUUUGCACAGAAUAAUUGCAGUUAUAGGUGAGUUGAAGAGUACAGUCAUUGCUUUUAUCACAUUUGUGAAGUUGAUGAAGGCAAGGUUCUGUCUGUCUGUCUGUCUAAUUUGUGUGUGUAUAAAGAUAUUUGGAAAUCUUUACAGAAAUUAAACAUAUAUGCAAAUUUGUACAUAAAGUAGCAUGAACACCAUUACUAGAUGCUUGUAAGUGAAAGGGUUGUCUUUUUUGAAAUCAUAUAUCUAGAACAAAAACAUCCAGCUGGACUGACUAGGACCCUUUUGUAAUGCUUUGUGUAGCCCAUUUUUUAUAGUUACACAUCAGCUUUAAUACCAUCAUAGACAUCAGUCCAUAUUUUCCCAUGUUGUACACCCUUUUCAUACCGGGCUUGUUUGCGAGGUCUCUGUAAAGUACCCUGUGAACAAGGAAACAUAACUCACAGAGAUUUUUUUUUUUUUUUUUUUUUUUUUUUACUGGCACUGAAAGUUCCCACUAGGAUGAAGCAUUUCAUCUCCUUCCUAACUCCUCUUUGACUGCACUUCAGCAAGUUGUUCUUACAUGCACUGUGUAGCAACUUCCAUGAUGAUCAAGCAGACAAGGGCUCGAAGCUGCUGCUCACAUUACAACACAGUUCUUCUCAUAUGCUCAGAAAAUACUUUAUCACUGAACCCAAGUGUUUAUCUAAAUGUCAACAGUACUUCUAAGAGCAUUGCCUGUCACCUUGGUCUUUGGUCUUGGAUAAUAAAACUGCCUUUCCAGAGAACCAAAUGUCAGAGAUACUAGACCAAAUAGUGGUUACAAUUCCAAAGGACGUAAUGUAGUCUUACUCAUAAUGGGAUUAACAUUUUAGACAUUCAUUUUAAACACUACCUCAGUUAACAUAGAGUAUAAAAUCUGUGGUUUCAUCCCUCAAAAAUAAACAAUAACUAAUUUGUUUGUUUUUCAUCACACAAAACUAUCCCCAUCCUUGCGCACCUAAGUCAGCCAUCCUGAAAUGAAGGCUGUGCCUAGUGUCCUAAGCAGGUGUUUUGUUUUGACUUUUGACUGUUACUUUGAAAGGGGUGUGUGUGUGUGUGUGUGUGUGUGUGUGUGAGAGAGAGAGAGAGAGAGAGAGAUCAGAUCUGCCUAUAGCACUUACUUUGGGAAGAUAUCAGAGCUUUGUGAUUUUCAGUAUAUUGGAGGAAAUUGUUAAUGCUUAAAUUUAUAGUGCUGUCUGGUUUAACCAUGGUUUCACCAAGACGUGUAAUACAUUUCCUUUAAGUACUUACUUGUAUAAAAGUAGACUUUCAUGAUGAAAACUACAUGCAGUGCCAAGUGAUUAGCAUAGGUGUUUAAGACUAUUAAAUUAUAGCAGAAAAGGUUAGGAAUGAUGUCAAUGGUAAUAGAAAUCAUUGAGAAAAUUAUCUAUAAAUAAUAGAUAUUACCAAAAUAAUGUCAAUACUGUAGUUUUUCAAGAGUUUAGAAUUAAUCUUAGUCAUAUAAAUUUGUACUAUUGGUAAUUAUUUAAUAAUUUGGAAGGGUUUGAAUAGUUAAGCUGGUUGUAAACUGUGAAUUUCUAAUUGUAAAUUGUCAUUUCUAAUUGAAUUUUUUUCAAGAACAGAUUUCAGUUUCACCUACUAAAUAAAUACUGACAAAUGAGAAAUUUAGUAUUUAUAAGGAAAUAGGCUCUAAAAUUUCUUAGCCUUUUCUUUUCUGUUUGUGCUUAGGGUGUAUUGGAGGAGAAAGUGUUCUCCCUAACUUAAGUGUUUCUAAUACAGAGAAACGAAUAGACAUCCCGUAAGACAGAGGUUUUACAAGGCUGUUAGAAAGUGCGGACAUUGUUGCUGUGGUGACGUAUCCAAGUCACUGGGAGCAGUGGCUUCAGCAGCAUUCCACUCUUGUCCAGAGCUUGAGGUGGUUAACACUGGAUUCCAUGUCACCAUGGCCAAGUAUUCAAAGUGGGAUGUCACUGUUCAUUUAAACUUGUCUACUGCUAUUUAUAACCUUUUUAUUUCAUUCCUUUCAGAGGAUGCCUUUUAUGCCCCAUAUCAAAGCACAGAUCAUUAAGCAAUAAGAAACAAAAUUGUCUGUCAUUCAAAUUAUAAUUGCAAUUAUUCUCGUGUGGUAAGAGUGAGGUGCUAAUUUUGUGUGAGAAGAAUUUGUGACCACUUUGGAAAUGUAUUCUGGAAGUAAGGUUUUUUUUGUCCCUCCUUUAGACUUUUACUUCCAUUUUGUCUCAGAUUCACAGUCCAUGAAAGAAAAGUAGAAUUGUUUGAAAGACUUCUAAGAAAAGCUGCUUGCAAUGAACAUUUCAGAUUUUCCUAAGUGUGGGCUGGCAAAGGGCUCCAUUUUCUCCAUAUUGACAGAGUCUAUUGUUCCCAUCUUAACUUCAAGAGUGUCACUACCCCGAGUCCCACAUCCAGACGUGCCGGUGAACUUGAGGGCAGUGCUUACGAUGACACACAAGUCUGCGCGAGGCUUUGCAGGAGCCGUUGUCUUUUCAGGACAGGUCCCCAGGGGGAUUUCAUUUCUAGCACAUUUGUAUGACUCACGGAAUGUGGGACUCCUCCCCUUUGGAGUAUUUUUAUAGUUAGGUGGAUGACUGCCACAGAUGCAUGGAUUGCACAUUCUGACUCGAUAAGAUACUUAAUGUGAAAAUUUAUGCCAAAAAGGAAACAUACCUUACAACUUUCCCAUUUAACUAAGUUGGUCUAGCACAAAAUGCUAACUAAGUCUUGGGGCAGAGAGGGAGUAGUGAAAAUUUUUUAUGUAUGAUUGUUGAAAACUCUUCCAUUACUGGCCUGUCAGAAACCCUAACAAUGCAUUGUGAAACAAAUGAUGGAAAUUCAGUUAGCUUUGAAAAGUGGUAAGGGAUCGUGAAGAGAAUCUCAGACUCAAUGCUCUCUGACCACAUGACCUUUUUUUUUAUUUAGUAAUACGCUGCUACAUUUUUGGAGGUUCUAGUGUUUGUAGGUCACUGAACAGACAUUGAAAUCUGAUUUAUAUUGUAUAACUGUAACAUAGAAAGAAAAAGUAUUUAUAUAUUUUCCUUAAGAAUAUUUCAUUGAGUUGUGUAUAAUUUAAAUAAGAUUUGUCCCCAAAUGGUUUUGCUCACCUUGAUUUUUUUCGUUGUUGUUGUGGUUUUAUUGUUUUUGUAUAAUGUGUACAGUUUAUGUUAAGGGCAUUAAAGCCUCCUGAAACAUAAUCUUAUCAAAGGGAUUCAUUCUUAAUAAAAUGUACUUAAAAUUCUUAAA